AUGAGCUUCGAUGUUCAACUACUGAAUGCUCACUAUAUUUGGUUCCCAAAUCCUUAUGUCUAUUACAAUUUCACGGUAGAUACACCGAUUGCAAGUGAGGGGGAUCGAAGAACACUAAGAAAGCGAAGAGGCUACGCGUCGAACUUUUCCUUCACUCUUUUAUAUUACAUCGGAGUCAUCGACACACUUCAACUAAUCGGACAUAUUGUUGCUGGCUUCAUGCUCAUAACACUCAUGAGUAGCUCAGAAGUCAUUUAUAUCUUUGGUGCUAUUCUAGAAGGUGGAUAUAUCUCAACGGGUUUUUUGACAAUUGCACUUCCAAUUCAUCGAGCUGCUUAUAUUAUGUUUCCUUUCAAAGCUGAUAGAAUAUUUCACCCAGUUCUUUUGAAAGUCUAUUGGACUUUCAUCUACAACCAUGACAAGCCGGAUUUGAACAGUUACAUGAGAUUCUUUGAAGAAUGGAGUACUCUGGCUCCAAUCAUUAUCGGUGCCGUUCUUUAUUCGCUUAUCAUUGCCAAGCUUUCGUUUCGCAUAGGGAAAUAUUCCAAGAAAGAAAUCAAGUUGACAGCUCAAGUAUUUGCGGUUCUUUUGGUUAAUGCCUUCACGUAUAUCUAUUGGUAUCAUAUCACUGGAUAUCUGUCAAUGGGCUUUGAUACGAGGUUAUUGGAGGUAAAAUACCUCUAUUUUCCCAAUCCUUAUGUCUACUAUAACUUCACAAAUGAGACAAUGAUUGCAAGUGAUGGACAAAGAGUGCUUUAUGGUGCCUCGAAAUUCACCUUAGCCAUCAUUUUGUUCAUCUUUCAAAUCGCUUAUUUGAUGACAUUGAAACGCCGAAAAGGCUAUGGAUCAAACUUCUCAUUCACACUUCUCUUUUACAUUGGAAUUGCGGACUUUUUCCAAUUACUUGCCCAUAUUGUGAGUGCUUUUAUGCUGAUGACAUUGAUGAGCAGUUCGGAGUAUACUUAUAUGAUGGGAUCAUUCCUCGAGGCUGGCUUCUUUAUCCCCGGCUAUAUGACAAUGGCUCUUCCCAUUCACCGAGCCAUGCAUAUCAUCUUUCCGACUACCACCGAGAAAUACAUUAGACCAAAUAUGUUAAAAGGAGUUCUUGUCCUUUAUCUAAUUUUCGCUAUCAUUUCGUUUGGAUAUUUUUGGAACAGUGAUGCCGGCAUUGCUUACAUUCCUGAAUCGGUUUAUUGGGGCUUCACUUAUAACCGAAACAAGAGCGCUCUCAACACCUAUAUGAGAAUUGUCGAGGAAUGGAGUGUCCUUGCACCAAUCGUUGUCGGAGCUAUAUUCUAUGCGCUCAUCAUUUUCACAAUCUGCUACAAGGUCGGCAAGUACAGGGCACGGGAAUUACGAUUGACAGCUCAGAUUUUUGCCGUUUUGAUUGUUUGCACAAUUUGCUACGUGAUGUGGUACAAAUUUCUCGACGCGGUGAGUAGAAAU